AACGGAAACUAUACGUGGCAGGACAUUGCUGCAUGUUGCGGCUGCAAGAGGAUAUGCAGCGAUUGCAAAACUAUUCCUCCCUAAGCAAGACGAAAUUAGAGACACACCUCUGCAUCUGGCGAUUAGGGAAAACCAUCCUGAGAUCAUAAUUCACAAACGCCACUUAAUGUUGCCGUGGAGAAAGGAAACGUUAAAGUAGCAGAAGUUUUGUUUAAACAUGGUGCUGUUUUAAGUGCCAACGAUUUAAAAUGUGAGGCGUCUCUUCGUUCCGCAGUUGGGAAAGGAAAUUUGGAAAUGGUAAAGCUGCUCAUGGCGAACGGAUGUAACAAAGUCGAUGUUCCAAAUGAUGAUAACAUUUACUCAAAAUCUUCUCUUAAACUCGCAGUAUCGUCCGGUCGUAUGGACAUUUUAGAAUAUCUCUUGAAGAAUGGGGCGAAAAACAGCGCAACAGUUAAUGCGGAUGAAUUACGUUUAUUUUCAGCAAUUAUUACGGGCUGCGGUAGUUUAACUACUUUAAAAUGUUUAGUCGACCUUAGUUUUAAGACGGAAGAAGCAGAUUUUAUAUUUUAUUGUUCAAUGAUUCAAAAUUUUCAUGACGUGUGGCGAUAUAUAUUGACAUGUUUCUCGAAAAUUAAUGCAAAAACGUUUUUCAAAGAGAAGCAGCUUCAUUUUUCAAUUCGAAUGGGCCAAGUGGAAUCUGUUAAAGCAAUCGUAAACGAACUAGCAAGUGAAUAUAAAUCGGACCCUUUUGCUAAAAAAUUAGCUGUUUACAUCGCUGCUGAAAGUGGCAAUGAAGAAAUAUUAAAAAUUCUUCUAAACGCUCGUUAUCCCAUUGACAGUCUGUUUAAAUUUAUAAGUCCUCUUCACGUUGCAGCAACAUUCGAGCACCCGAGAUUAGUAAAGCUUCUCUUGAAAGCUGAAGUUGAUGUUAAUUUGCAAACUGAGCAUGGUCUCACUCCUUUACAUUUCGCAGCAUGUGCAGGGCAGUCAGCAGUAGUAAAAUUUCUCCUUGAAAAUGGUGCUGAUCCCUUCAUAUCCAGUUCGUUCAGCGGAUCAGCAUUAGAAACGGCCUUGAAGCUAUUUUCACCCUCGUUUUCUUGCAGACCUAUUUCUCCAUUAGUGUUUGAGGGUUUGGUAAAAGUGACGGAGUCACUAAUUCAGUAUUCAAAACCUGAAAAUAUUAAAAACCUAGUUCCAGAAGCAGUUCGAAUAAGAGUUUCAAGUAUCAAUAAUUCAAAUCCAAAGUCAAAUGUACUGCCAUCGGCCGUAUGUGAUUCUGAAUUUCGUCCUGAAAUCGUUAGAUGCCUUUUUAAUUAUCUAAGUGAUGAAUUAGUUGAAUAUUCUUCAGAAGAAAUGUUAAAUAAUCCGUUUCCAAUAGGACAUGCGAAAGAAUUGUUACAUCUUCUGAUAGAUUAUAAUGAUUCCAACUGGUGUUUUCGAAUCAGCAUAAGUGAAAAUGAGAUCAAUUACAAGUGCCAAUUGCUCCUAACUAGUUACUCUAGAAACAUUGAUGGUCUUUUAAAUACUGCAAGGUCAAUUAUCUCGAAUGAGGAUUGUGAUGGAUACAAUAAGGCACACAAGGAGGGUAACACAGAGUUUGUAAAAUUAAUAGUAGCGAGGUUAGUGUUGUUAACUGCUAAUUGUUAUCUACCUUUAAUUGCAUUUUGUUUAAAGAAUGAUUUUAAUGAUUGGCGAGAGAUGUGUACAAAGGAGAAAAGGGUCAUGCAAAGGACGAAAGUUAGUAAAAAUCUUAAAUUCACUUUCCAUGAUAUAUUAACUAAAUCAAUUGAUAAAGUUGCAAUGUACGCGAGCAAUAAUGAUUUUUUAAAAGCAAUCGAGUCUUCUCACACAAAAUUUCCGAUAUAUGCUGAUUUUUUGAAGGCAAUUCUCGAAAUAGCAGAAAGAAGAAGAAAUUUCAUCAACGACUGUGUUAGUUUAAUGUUUGAUUUGGUUCAAAACCGUCAUAGAAUUCGAAUUUCAAGAGCUGAAAUCAAUCAGAUUUUCAAAUAUCUCUCAAUUGUAGAUUUGCAAAGAUUUUCAGCAGCCUGUUCCUAAAAUGUAAUUUUAAUAGGUACAUUUAAGGCAAAGAGUAAUUUUUGUGUAUAAUUUGUUAUGCAGUUUCCUUCUACGAUGAAGAAAUUUUAAUUUAAUUAUUUGUUUCCAUCAAUAUAUU